CAUCGAUGUACCGAGAUCAUCGGAUCUCUUAUCGGCCCUGGGGAUGAUGGGAACUUGUGCGAGUGCUCUUUCGUGUUCCAGUGCUUCUCGGUCUCUUCCGACUCAUGCAACCCGUGCAUCCAACGCUACCCAACCAGGACUCGAGGGGGCAUCAAGCAUCGCCUCAAAUCCUCAGCUCAGCUCCAUAUGGCUUUUGACAUGCCAAGCUCGUCGUAUUUCAGAGUCCACGAAUCAGAACCACAAGUCUUUCCCCAGGUGGUUCAAUCCCGCUGUCCACGCCGUGCCCGGCCCCGUUGAGUGGCCCUUCGCCCAUAUUGAAAUUCUCAGGUCAACCUCGAUGAGGAAGGCAUUCUAGCUUACCCCAUGGCCUUCAUUCCCGCGCAUCCAGUUUUUCUUCAUCUCAGAACUUGUCUUCUUCCAGGCUUGCUUUAACUGACAGAGCCAAAGGUUGCCUUGAACUGAUCCGGAAGGUCGCAAACAUCUUAGCUCCCGACUGACUCCCGAACCCAUUACCAUGUAUCAUUGAUUGGAACGAGAAAUAUCGAGGCACGCUCGAGAGAAUGCCUCCGAGUAUAUAUGUAUUGUCAAUCCCCCAAGGUCCUUCUUCUCUCUUGCUCCCCAUCCCUCUCAGCUCUAUCAAGUCCUGGUCCCCUUGUCCAAGCCUCGAUCCAAUCGGUCUAGCUCUUCAUCAUGCAGUUCAAGCUUUCUGUCGUUGCGGCCCUUGCCGCCGCCGCUUCGGCCGCCGUUACCCCCGCCCGUCUCGGCUGCGGUACUCAUGAUCCUACCCCUGAGCACAUUGAGAUCUCCAAGAAGCUUGCCGAGGAGGAGGCUGCCAACAAUGGCACCAUGAGCCUGAUGGCGGCGGCCACCAUCAACGUCAAUGUCUACUUCCACGUUGUUGCUUCUUCCCAGACCGUGGCAAACGGCUACAUCACCGACAAGAUGCUGGCUGACCAGCUGGCCGUCAUGAACAGUGACUUUGCCCCCCACGGCAUUAGCUACACCCUGGUUGAGACCACCCGCACCAUCAACGCCAACUGGGCCCAGGAUGGUGACGAGAUGGCCAUGAAGCGCGCCCUCCGCAAGGGUACCUACAAGGACCUCAACCUCUACUUCGUCCGCACCCUCGGCGGCGACUUUGGGUACUGCUACUUCCCCACCACCGCCGCCGCCGGCUCCACCGCCUACAUCCGCGACGGCUGCACCAUUCUCUCCUCCACCGUGCCCGGCGGCAGCGAGACCAACUACAACCUCGGCAAGACCGUCACCCACGAGGUCGGCCACUGGUUCGGUCUCUACCACACCUUCCAGGGCGGCUGCACCGGCGAAGGUGACUCCAUCGCCGAUACCCCUGCCCAGGCCAGCUUCUCCACCGGAUGCCCUACCGGCCGUGACUCCUGCCCUAGCCAGGAGUUCACUCCUAACCAGCAGACUCGCAUGUACAGCUUCUGGAACCAGUACCGCGCAUAG